CAGAGAUGCAUGAUGGAUACCGACACUUUCCUCAGGGAGCUGAAGCAGGACAGGCCGAAGGAGUACGCUGUUCUCAUGUUCGACGCCUUCGGAAAGAUGGGCAGUAACGUGGAGGGAGGCAACGCCAACCAGCCCGGCCUGCUGCGCCAGUGUCGCUCGGCCCGCGGCCCUGAGUUCUCCGGACAGUACUGCCAGGUGUUCCUCAGGCAGGGAACAAUCCAGUACUUUGUGGGGCUCUGUGUUCCUGACUCCUGCAGGGAGGAGGAGGUGCAGCUGUUGGUGUUGUACGACAGACUCCAGUUUCAUCAGAUCUCUCUCGUUCCUCCUUUACCGUCCAUCCUGGCCAACGAGUCCACUCAGGAGAUGAUCAUGACCCACUGUCUGUCCAACACCAUUGAUCCGGACGCGUCUGACGUCGCCUGCCUGUUUGUGUGCUGCGUGAUGGUUGCGGUUCCUCUGGCAGCCACGCUGUACUCAGCUAUGAUAAAGUUCCAGGGGAACAGAGAGGUGGGCCCCACCGUGGAGACCACAGCUUUCGGCACAGGCCUCAACCUGUACGGGGCUCUGAGGACCAACGGGCCGUCGGACAAGGAAGAUGAGAGCAGCACGUCCGAGGACAACGGCAAGAACAAAGGACGGCUGCGCUCUCCUGAGAGCGGUCUGCAUCGCUGCCUUCAGGCGUUCUCUCUCCAAGCAGCCGCCAGAGGCGUCCUCGGCACAUCCUCGGCCGUCCCGGGAGGCGGCCACUCCUCGCUGAACGGCAUCCGCGUGUUCAGCCUGCUGUGGAUCAUCUGCGGCCACUCCGCACAGUUCCCUGUGAUCAACAACCUCGAUAACUACAAAACCUGGAAGACGACAGUUGAGAGCAGCCCGCUGUACGUGUUCACCAUCAGUGGGCCCGUGUUUCUGGCUGUAGACACCUUCCUGUUGUUGGGGGGUUUGCUCUCUGCCAGGUCGCUGCUGUGCAGCAUCAGCACAGCUGAGGACAAACUGAGCCCAAGCCUGGUGGCGAACUAUCUCUUCAAGAGGGUUAAAAGGAUUCAGCCUCUGCAUGUCUUCAUCAUGUGUCUCACCAUUGGACUCAUCUCUCUGGUCCACUGGGGACCCUACUGGUUCCCGUUCAUCAACACACUGAUGGACUGUAAGACGUACUGGUGGGCCAACUUACUGCUGAUCAGCAAUCUGCUCCCGGUGCACGAGAUCUGCAUCCCCUGGACGUGGUACCUGUCUCUGGACUUCCAGUGUUAUGCCACCACGCCUCUAUUGGUCUUUCUCUACAGACUUAAUAAAGGUGUGUUUGCGGUCGUGGCCGGACUCCUCCUGUUAAUGACCACCGUGGUCAGCGCCACCAUAACAGCCCUGCACCACCUCCCAGUCUUUCAGCCAUCGACGAUGACAUCCGAGAAAUAUGUUUUGUCUUACUAUGUGAAGCCCUACACGAGAUACGGGCCGUUUCUAAUAGGGGUAUUAACUGGAAUAUACCUGACAACAAAGGAAUAUCAGCUGCUGAAACAUAAGUGGCAGGCGGCGCUGGGCUGGGUCGGCUGCUUUUCAGGCAUGGCGUUGGUAGUCGGACUGGCCUACGUCAUGAGAGAAACCCCAGCAGAUCCGUCCACGCCACACGCUCUGUAUCAGGGCCUGCACCGCCCGGUCUGGGCUCUGAGCGUGGCCUGGAUCGUGCUGGCCUGUGAGGAGGGCUACGGAGGAUAUAUCAACAAGCUCUUGUCUCUGAACAUCUGGGUUCCUCUGUCAAACAUCAGCUUCGCCUGCUACCUGGUUCAUCCCGUCUUCAUCAUCCUUUACAUCGGCUUACAAGAGACUCCAAUCCACUACAUGGAUAUUAAUUUUAUGUACCUGUUCCUGGGUCACCUGGUGCUGACAGUGGCGGUCAGCUAUGUGCUUACCGUUUUAAUUGAGAGGCCUUACCUUCUUCUAAAAUGGUAGUAUAAAUAUACUGAGAACCAAGCACUCA